AUGUCGUCCUCCACAGUUGCCUAUCCAAACAACCUCCAGACGCAAUCCCGGCUGGUACAACUGCCGCAAGAAAUCAAGAGCCUCAUCUUCAACCUGUGCUUUACCACCGAUGGCGCCGUCGUCGACCCAAGCCCGAACAAAAGCCCUGCCAACGGUCAUGUCGCCCGCAGGAUGGGCGUGAAUCUGUUGCAGACGUGCCGCACACUCUACCACGAGACGGACCGUCGAUCCCUGUUCACGCAGAACACCUUCCGCUUCCGCACUGUCGACGGCGCGAGCACAUUCCUGAGGUCCCUCGACCCUGUCCACAGCGCCUGCAUCUACGAUAUCGAAAUCGACGCGCAGAGUAUGCAAGCCAACCACCCCGGCCUCGCCCGGGAGUGGCUACACUACCUCGCCUGGGGAAACGGCCAAUGGGACAAGGCUUUGGGCUCUUUGCAUGUGGAUGCUCCUGGACUGAAGUGUCUCCGUCUGAACUUUGAAUCAUGGCCCAAGAUUGCCAUGAAAAGGGCAGAGCUUUGGAAUCAGCUCAGGAACAUGUUGUCGAAAGUCGAGGGCCUCGAGCGAGUGGUCGUCAAGGGAGCAAGCAAAGGCACCGCCAUGGCCAAGCGAGCUCCCUUUUCGCCACUCCACUUCGUUGGAGGUGAUGAUGUUGGCUUCGACGAUCUGGUCCCCCGCAUGUGGUCCGCUGUCGGAGCGGCAAACGAGUCGAAGAUUGUGAGAUGGGCGCGUCAAGACGGCAAACUGGAGCUGGAGGUCGUCUCCAUGUCUCAUCUGCUCGAGCACCUCGAUCCCUACUGGUACGGCCCGUCUGUAAGAAGAAGCCACACGCAUCCUUGGCCCGAGAACGGUUCUUGCACCUGGUUUGGCUACGAGAACCGAGAUUCAGACGUUACCGACCCUACCACAAAGGGGCUCAAUCCCAGCGCCGCCGAAUGA